GUUUCCCGGGAGGCGCCGCUUCUUCCGCCUUCCCGGCAGGCCCCGGUAGCCGCAGGCCUGGACCGAGGUUUCGGAGCUGCGGGGUGGGAGGCAGUGUGUCAUCUUCCUCCCGUUCCGGCGAAGGCCUGGUCGCUGCGGGCCGGGCCCCAGGGCGCCCCCCAUGGCCGGGCAGCGGGUGGAGGUCGAUGGCGGGAUCAUGGAAGGGGGCGGCCAAAUCCUGAGAGUCUCUACGGCCCUGAGCUGUCUCCUGGGCCUGCCCUUGCGGGUGCAGAAGAUCCGGGCCGGCCGCAGCACGCCAGGACUGAGUUUUAUAAAUGUGUCUAAAAUGUGGGGAUAUAGGCACUCUGAGUGCACACGUUUUGAUGCAGUGUUAUGACCUGAAGGCCUCAACAUUUAUCUGGACUGGAAAUGAUUCGAGAUUUGUGUGAUGGGCAACUGGAGGGGGCAGAAAUCGGCUCAACAGAAAUAACCUUUACACCAGAGAAGAUCAAAGGUGGAAUCCACACAGCAGAUACCAAGACAGCAGGGAGUGUGUGCCUCCUAAUGCAGGUCUCAAUGCCCUGUGUUCUCUUUGCUGCUUCUCCAUCAGAACUUCGUUUGAAAGGUGGAACUAAUGCUGAAAUGGCACCACAGGUCGAUUACACAGUAAUGGUUUUCAAGCCAAUUGUUGAAAAAUUUGGUUUCCAGUUUAAUUGUGACAUUAAAAUGAGGGGAUAUUACCCAAAAGGGGGUGGUGAAGUGAUUGUCCGAAUGUCACCAGUUAAACAAUUGAAUCCAAUAAAUUUAACUGACCGUGGCUCUGUGACUAAGAUAUAUGGAAGAGCUUUUGUUGCUGGUGUUCUGCCAUUUAAAGUAGCAAAAGAUAUGGCGGCGGCAGCUGUUAGAUGCAUCAGAAAGGAAAUCAGAGAUUUGUAUGUUAACAUCCAGCCUGUUCAAGAACCUAAAGACCAAGCAUGUGGCAAUGGAAAUGGAAUAAUAAUUAUUGCUGAGACAUCCACUGGCUGUUUGUUUGCCGGAUCAUCGCUUGGUAAACGAGGUGUAAAUGCAGACAAGGUUGGAAUUGAAGCUGCUGAAAUGCUAUUAGCAAAUCUUAGACAUGGUGGUACUGUGGAUGAGUAUCUGCAAGAUCAGCUGAUUAUUUUCAUGGCAUUAGCCAAUGGAGUUUCCAGAAUAAAAACAGGACCAGUUACACUCCAUACGCAAACAGCUAUACAUUUUGCUGAACAACUAGCAAAAGCAAAAUUUAUUGUGAAGAAAUCAGAAGAUGAAGAAGAUGCCUCUAAAGACACUUAUAUUAUUGAAUGCCAAGGAAUUGGGAUGACAAAUCCAAAUCUAUAGGGUAUUUGCCUCUUAAAUGAUACCUCAAGUAUGUAUUGCACUAAUUCAUUUCAUAAAUACUGUAAAACGAUGAAUAGGAAGUAACCUAUUAAAAGACCUGACUUAAAUUUGGAGAUGAAGUUCAAUGUUGUAGAUUUGCUGAGAAUGCUUCAUCAAAUUAAUCUCACUUUGAGUAUCUCCUGAGAUAUGGACAAUGAAAUAUGAGAGUUGGUGGAUAUGUAUGAUAGCUGACUUCAAUAGUAAAGUAUUGAAAUAAAAUAUCUUUAUAUCUGAAGUAAA